CUGAAAAGCCAUCUUUGCAUUGUUCCUGUGGCUUCCUCUCCGCUCGCUGCAACCACCUCCGCCCCGCGCCUCCUCCACCGCCGCGGACUCCGGCAGCUUCUUCGCCAGAGUCCUCCAACUCUCGCUUUUUUUAAAAAAAAUCCUCUGCAUAGGAUCACCGGUGUGCCCCACCAUGUCAGACACGGCCGUGGACACCAGCUCCGAGAUCACCACCAAGGCCUUAAAGGAGAAGAAGGAAGUUGUGGAGGAGGCAGAGAAUGGAAGAGAUGCACCUGCGAAUGGAAAUGCUAAUGAGGAAAAUGGGGAGCAGGAGGCUGACAAUGAGGUAGAUGAAGAAGAGGAAGGAGGAGGGGAGGAAGAGGAAAGUGAUGGUGAGGAAGAGGAUGGAGAUGAAGAUGAGGAGGCUGAGGCAGCUACAGGUAAACGGGCAGCUGAAGAUGAUGAGGAUGACGAUGUUAACACCAAGAAGCAGAAGACUGAUUAAGAUGCCUAGACAGCAAAAAAAGGAAAAGUUAAAGGCCUCCGUGACCUAUUCACCCUCCACUUCCCAUCUCAGAAUCUAAACGUGGUCACCUUCGAGUAGAGACUCCCGCCCACCUGCCCACCCACCCACCUCGGGCAGCGCCACCUGCAGAUGACACGCGCUCUUCACCACCCAACCAAAUCCACAACGUGAAUUUGCAACAGGGGAGAAAAAAAGAACCAAAACUUCCAAGGCCCUGCUUUUUUUCUUAAAAGUACUUUAAAAAGGAAAAUUUGUUUGUAUUUUUUA